AGUAAAAUAACAAUUUACAACGAGAAAGAGCCCACCUUUGAUGCUCGACGAAUGCUCUCUUCCAAGAACGACCGCCGCAGCCUGGUCGUGCAGUACCAUAUUUUAAUUCGAAAUCCGUAAAUACUUAUUUUGUUCUGCACGAAAACUACAAGAAGAUGGUGCGCAAGCGGCCGCGGGCGGAGGUGCAUCAGCUCCCGCCCGGUCGCGACACAUGACUUAUCCGGUCCUCCAGACGUCAACUACUGCCUGGUACUCGAGACGACGUGAGUGAGCUUCUAGUUCCAAGUGUGGGUCGUGCUGCAGCUGCAGCAGGCGCAGCUGGAGGGCUAGCUGCUGCCGACGGACGGUAAAGGCAGCCGCACCUGAAGAAGACGACCGGCCGACGUAUGAAUUGCAGCAAACCAAGUAUCGUACUCGACGUACAGCACGUGUAUACUUGCCAUGCCGCAUGACAGAUCUGUUUUUUGUGAUAUCUGAACGCGCAUGAGGACAAUGGGCAUUUUGGUUCUUGAAAAAUAUAUUUCUAAGAAUGCAAUUACAACUACCUAGUGCGAUGCCGGUACUUUUGCAAUGCAUACCUCGGGAGGUCGUGCUGCAACAUGGCAGCCAUCCGUGCCGUGUUGCGGUAUGUCCGAAUGAAUGUGUACCCACACCAUAAUCUGUAAUGCCUUGCUUGGCGAUAGCGAUUCAUCCUUCGGGCAUGACAGUAAAAACUGGCCAGCAUCAUGCACAAGAAUUCGAUUGACGACUCCUACUCCAUUUUUAUUUGGUCUUCCUCGGAGUGGAAGUGAGGCAUAACAUAAGCAAAUCAGGAUUUUUGCUGCAGCUUGAUGUGAUGAUAACGAUGAUCAUGCAGACAGGAGAUGAACCUCUGAGUCUGAUGUUGAAGAUCUUCCUGAGCGUGGGAGGACGGGUCGGGACGAGAGCGAGACACAUGCAGACGUGUCAUCUUGCAACAUCCUCUGUAAAUUCAUGCUUUGCAGCUCCAAGCAACUAACAGCAUUACAUUUCGUGACGAAAAUUUUGGUACGGGUCGCAUUUUCAUACCUAUACCCUGGCUUCCGGACCCACGAAGAGUCGGGUGCCGGGGUCCGAUAUCCUGUGCAAAAGCAUCGUACUCGUAGUAAUCGCGUUUAUGCAUUACAAAUCUCUUGCUCAAGGUGAAUCAGCAUUACAAAUUCAAUAUGUAAUGCUGGGCUAAUUUGUAAUGCAAUUUAUACUAGUGCGAUGCUUUUGCAUUGCAUAUCCGAAGCACCAACGGGGUCCAAAUCUCUCGCCAGCGGGUUCGGGGAAGACAGUACGGGGAGAGGCUCCUUUUUCGAGCACCUACCGAGUUUUCUAUCCAUGACAUUCUUGAUGGUGCGAGUCUUUAUUUUCGUUCAAUCGCAGCAAAUUACGAAAAUUUGCAUUUUCAGUAAAAGCUAUACUAAGUAAUUCACAGACGGGUGAUGACCACAACACAAUUUUUUGUCAUAACUUUUACUUUUCUCAUAACUUUUACUUUUCUUGAUGAGGAUUUGCUGCACCGGCAUGGCCGACAUCAAAGAUUUGCGAUGCAUAACCCGUCGACGUGGAUGAGGAAGCCGGAUUGCAGCGGGCGCUGUCGUAUACUCAUUGUUCCUUACCAAUUUUCUCGAAUAACGAAGCGCUUUCAUUUUCUCGAAGUAGCAUGGUAUGCUGCACCUUUUUUUAGUAAAAAAUUGCAUCUCGUACAACAUUCACGCAUAGAUGCCCUUUUUCGCAUGAUAUAAUACAACAAAACGCGAUCAUGUCAUCGCGGAAUGAUUUAAUAUUGACUGUGUAAUAGUUUUGGCUUAUUGAUACUGAAAAAGACAAAAACAAUUAUUAAAAAAAACAAACAGCCGCUCUUCGGACUCCUGUAUCACCGAUGAAACAGAAAAUGUGUGUACUGCUGCAAAAAAACUGCUGCGAGCUGCGGAGGCUAGGCCGUACACCGACUUUCGAAGAACAAGAAAAGAAAUAAUGAGCUUCGAACUGGCAGAGGACUUUGUCUUUACCUGAUGACUACAUGCUUAUGUGUACAAGGAUCUACUUCUUCAGAGAGCGGUUUAUUCUCUAUGCAGUGUUGUAUACACCCGUUUCAUGUAGUCCCCUCCAUACCUCUACUCAAGACCCACGAUGUGUACCCAUGGAUAAUACGGCCGAAGGAUAAACGGAAGGUAGCGUGGGACAUGGUGAUCGCCGCCAACAUUAUUUGGACGGUCUCCCUGUCGCCCUACAUAUCCACGGCAAGUUGUUCCCCGUACUCGUACAAAAGAAAUGCAGUGGCUUUUCUGCAUGACAGAACUUGCAUUGAUUGCCAUGCAGCAUGACAAGUUAGUAGUGGCAUCCUCUUAAUAGAAGUUGUUGGCGAGAUGAUUUGUCAUGCAUUUUCUACAUGUGCGGGAAAUUUGUAUUGCAUACAACAGAAUAGGAUUCAACGUGCCAGCCGAGUAUCCUGAGUAAAAACGUACCCACACCAGAGUUGUAAUGCAGAUUUGCAAAGACAGGAAGACUUGUAAUGCGCACCCCCAUGAGAGCCGUUUCCAAUCGUGUUUUGGAAUUUGUGAUGCUGUGAACAGGAUGAGCAGAUGAAUCUGUGACGCGGCUGCACUUGCUAACCUGCACUACACUGCAUAGUGCAACUUGUCAUGUGUGACUCACAAAACUCCUCGGCUUGUGUUGCAAAAUCCUCAUCCUGACUCUGGUGUGGGUACGUUUUUACUCAGGAUACCGAGGGCGGAAUGUUUAUCUUGGACUGGAUCGUGGACUUUUUUUUCUACAUCGACGUCAUUCUCAAUUUCCGGACGGGUUACUACGCUACGCCUAACAGACUUGCCAUAUUUACCACCACAAAUCGAUUUGUGAGGCACAAGAUGAACAAGAUGAUUAUGACAUGCAUGGGCGCACGGCGGGGAGAAGAAUGAUUAUAUGAAUAUUAGGGUUUUAUUCCGCACGAUGUACCAGGUUCGAACUGAGUCAUAAAUUGACUUCGAGCAUACUUGCGGAAAACAAGAAUCCGUACUUGCAUCAUCAGUGCAAUUGAGCUAUGUGUCUUGCAAAUCAGGGGGACAUAAGGCGAUCUCUUGACUCGUAUAAAAGAGGAGGAUGUCCUCUAUGGGGUUCUCAGACGUUACAUUCUCAAGUGUUACAUGAAUUUGCCAUACAAAAGCACCAUCAUCAUCCUCACGAUCUUCAAGCUGCUCCGCAUGACAGAUUUGCGAAGGGCUAAGCCGCACCUAAAUCUGUGCAGAAUUUGUAAUGCUACAGGUGCAACCUUCCCCCUUUCACUUUUCCCAUUCUUGCAUCACAAGUUCAUGUAACAGUUGAGAAUGUAACAUGUGAGAAUGCCAUAUCCUCGUGCUCAGUCCAAGACGAAUCGCAAACAACUAUUUGCGAGGAUGGUAUAGUAUACAUGAUAGGAUGGAAAUGACAUUUUGUGUUGUCAUGCAGAUUUUCAUUUCUUUUUUUGUAUUUUGUUCCAGAGACGCGGACAAGCCUGCAAAAGCAGGACUGAACUUAAUCAACUUUAAAAACCACGCCAGGUUCACCCUCGAUUUCGUCUCUUCUUUCCCUUUCGACACCAUUCUGCCCCUAUCCCGUGCAAAAGCAUCGUACUCGUAUAAAUCAAGUCUUGCAUUACAAAUUUUUAUCUCAAAGUAAAUCAGCAUGACAAAUUUUAUUUCUCAUGCUGGGGAAAUUUGUCAUGCAUUUCUACGAGUACGAUACUUUUGCAGUUCAUAGCCCCUCAUUUUCGACGAUCUAGAAAAGGACGAGGUGCGAAUGCUGCGCAUGCUGCGAAUUUUCCGUAUGGGGUUCUCAACCGUUACAUUCUCAACUGUUACAUGAUUACUAUCUAAACUGCAGCAGCUGGUCAAAAAUGCAGGCGAGGGGUAUGUUCGGGGGUAUGUUCGGGGGUGUGUCAGGGGUAUGCAAAUCCUCCUCAAUCACGAGCGGACUACAAUUUUUUGCCGAAAAGCCAACAGGUGGGGUAUAAACAUACCCCAGACAGACCCCAGACACACCCCAGACAGACCCCCGAACACACCCCAGGCAAAAAGUCCGAACAUACCCCAGACACACCCCGAACACACCCCGGGCAGACUUUCGGACACACCCCGGGCAGACUUUCGGACACACCCCGGGCAGACUUUCGGACACACCCCGGCCAAAAUUUCGGACUUUGUCCCGUGAGGUUUGGACCCGAAGUCCAGUCUGUCACGCGAGACCGUGCGGCCAAGGGGCGAAAGCCCUAGGCCAGCGCGGGGACUCGGUCCCCGCGUCAUGGCCUAGGGGCCAGCUGUGAGCGCUUCCCGGACUGACAGACACCGCGCGGCCAAGGGGCGAAAGCCCUAGGCCAGCGCGGGGACUCGGUCCCCGCGUCAUGGCCUAGGGGCCAGCUGUGGGCGCUUCCCGGACACCGUGCGGCCAAGGGGCGAAAGCCCUAGGCCAGCGCGGGGACUCGGACCCCGCGUCAUGGCCUAGGGGCCAGCUGUGAGCGCUUCCCGGACACCGUGCGGCCAAGGGGCGCAAGCACUUCCUAGGCCGGCGCGGGGACUCGGUCCCCGCGUCAUGGCCUAGGGGCCAGCUGUGAGCGCUUCCCGGACAGACACCGUGCGGCCAAGGGGCGAAAGCCCUAGGCCAGCGCGGGGACUCGGUCCCCGCGUCAUGGCCUAGGGGCCAGCUGUGCCGGAGCGCUUCCCGGGCACCGUGCGGCAAAGGGGCGAAAGCCCUAGGCCAGCGCGGGGACUCGGUCCCCGCGCCAUGGCCUAGGGGCUAGCUUGCAGGCAGCACUUCCCGUGAACCCGUGUGGCCAAGGGGUGAAGGCCCUAGGCCAGCGCGGGGACCCGGUCGGUCCCCGCGUCAUGGCCUAGGGGCCAGCUGUAAGCGCUUCCCGGACACCGCGCGGCCAAGGGCGGGGCGAAGCUAACCCCUAGGGCAGCGCGGGGACUCUGUCCCCGCGCAUGGCCUAGGGGCUAGCUUGCAGCAUUUCCUGUGACCCCGUGCGGCCAAAGGGCGAAGGCCCCCCCUGCCUAGGCCAGCGCGCGCGGGGACUCUGUCCCCGCGCCAUUGCCUAGGGGCGAGCUGUGAGCGCUUCCCGGGCACCGUGCUGCCAAGGGGCGAAAGCCCUAGGCCAGCGCGGGGACUCGGUCCCCGCGCCAUGGCCUAGGGGCCAGCUCGUUGCGAGCGCUCCCCGGCGAAACCGUGCGGCCGACUUAGGGGCGAAAGCUCUAGGCAAGCGCGAGGACUCGGCCCCCGCGUCAUGGCCUAGGGGCCAACUGUGAGCGCUUCCCGGACACCGUGCGGCCAAUGGGCGAAAGCCCUGCCUAGGCCAGCGCGGGGACUCGGUCCCCGCGUCAUGGCCUAGGGACCAGCUGUGCCUGAGCGCUUCCCGGACACCGUGCGGCCAAGGGGUGAAAACCCUAGGCCAGCGCGGGGACUCGCUCCCUGCGCCAUGGCCUAGGGGCUAGCUUGCAGGCAGCACUCCCCGUGAAUCCGUGCGGCCAAGGGGCGAAAGCCCUAGGCCAGCGCGGGGACUCGGUCCCCGCGUCAUGGCUUAAGGGCUAGCUACGAACGCACACUCCGUCCCCGGACAGCACACCGCGCGGCCAAGGAUGGAAGGGGCAGAGAAGGGCCCUAGGGCAGUGCGGGGACUCUGUCGCCGCGUCAUGACCUGGGGGCCGGCUCCAGACCCGGUGGGUGGGCGCGCGCCAGUUUCUUCUUUUCUUUUAUCUUUGCGCGCGGCCGGCUAAUGAGUCUAGUGUAGUGCGCGCAAGCAAGGGGGCCGCGUCCGCAGGCCCGUCGCGGGCCAGUGAACGCAAGGCGCACCGAGAUACCUAGCUGCAGGCGACCUGCCUUCCCAGUGCCACCGCGCAGACAAAUGCCGGAAGGUCGCCGCACGGGGACUCUGUCCCCGUGCUCGGACCUUGUUUGUCAUGCAAAAUGACCAUGACCCGCCAGACGAUCAAGCUGCUUCGCAUGACAAAUUCUCGGAAGGCUAAAUAGCACUGCAAUCCGGAUCAAACCUGUAAUGCAAGACGCGCAAGGUUCUCCGUCUCACCUGUGCUAGUCUUGCAUCACAAAUUCAUGUAACAGUUGAGAAUGUAACGUUUGAGAACGCCAUAUUCCGGCUUUUCCGAUUGGGGAAAUUGAUGAGGAUAUUGAGGACAGAGCAAGUAUGGAACUGUCAGGAUCGAAAUCAACAAAAUUGAAAAAAUAGUUUGUGAUGCAUAUAAUCGAUACCAGUUGGAGCCUCAGUUUUCGAGUGGCGCAUGACAAAUUUCGGGAGCACCAAUGAGAUCCAGUCUCUCAUGCUGUUUGGGCAAAGAAGACUGCUCCUGUCGUGCUACUCUAGCAGCGCACCGCGCUCCCCUAAAAAGGCUUGCAAUUGGUCUCAUUUGCCUACUCCCCAAGACAGGCCUUGCGUGCCCUCCAUUUUAUGCAUUACAAAUUUUUCGAUUUCGUCGAUUUCGAUCCUGACACGCCCAUAGCAAGUGAAGGAUUUUAUCGAGCAGUGGUUUUCUCCCACGGCGUAUCAAAUGCAAACAUGUCUGGGUCUGGAAAGAAUGGGAUUUGUGAUGCUAAUCUUCUAUGCUACAAAAUCCUGUGCUGUUGCAUGAGCAGCAAAAGGUGCUUGGAAUUUUGCCAGCCGAAGUGGGCAUUUCUCAUGCAGGAGAGGCAUGAGCAAGCCUUCGCGAAAGGUGUGAUGCUAGAGCAUGCAUUACAGGCAACGCGGGUAUUAAUGUACAGUUGUGCAUGACAAACUCCCCCAAUUUUCCAGAUCCAGACAUAUUUGCAUUUGAUACGGCGAGAAAUCUGAUUUCCCUCCUUCUCUGGAUCUUCUUCAUUUGCCACCUGUUUAGCUGCAUGUGGUAUAAAAGAUUGUUCUUGCAGAUUUUCAUUUUCUUUAUUGUCAUGCUGAAGCUGCAGAAUGAAAAUAAAUGUGUGCUUGUUCAUCUUUGUCGUGCAGAUGUAGAUAAUAUAGAAUCAACAUUAUCAAGAACAUGCAUCAUAUCAAAAACCAAAAAGGUUCUUCGUCGGUAACGCCGGGUGGUCAUGGUGCGAAGAAAAAGAGCACCCGGACUACCAAUGGGCCCAGUUCGAAGCGGCCUACAUCACUCCAGGGGUCACCUCAAUAGCGAGCGCGCCGUUAUCAAAUGCAAAAAUGUCUGGGUCUGGAAGAGUGCCAGGUUUGUCAUGCAUAUUUUGCAGGACACAUGAUGCCUCUAAUGCAUGGCCUAGCAUCACAGAUUUUGAGAGGGCUUUCUGCUUCUGGUGCGUAUUCCGCAUGAGAUAUGCCCUCUCCGCGUAGCACAAACUGGACCCCUCUGCUGGUCAUGCAAUACAGACUUUUUUGGAAUCCAAGGACAGCAUCACAAGUUGCAAUCUUCCAGACCCAGACAUAUUUGCAUUUGAUAGCCGUCCGGAUGGGACAUUUUGAAAAACGAAGAUUGUCAGUGCCCAAUUUCUAUGAACUGCAAAAGCAUCGUACUCACUAGUUAUAAAUCGCAUGACAAAUUUCCUCAGCAUCAGAAAUGGAAUUUGUAAUGCGGGUUUGCAUUGAAAAAAAGAUUUGUAAUGCUGCAAGGCUGCAAUUACUAAGAGUACGAUACUUUUGCAGUUCAUAACUUCCUUCCUCGGGAAGGACCCCAUGAACAAGCACCCACUGGGGGUAUGCAUUUCAAAUAUCCCUGGAUGUCUGGAAGGAUGCGAACCUGGCAUUGUGAUGCGCAUUUCACAACACGGAGAAAUCCCUCAUGCAUAGGCAGCAAAAGGCGCCCCUGCCCAUUUCCUGUCAUCAAAGUGGGGGAUUUGUCAUGCGUUAGCGCGAAAGUACCCCUAACGAAAAAAUCUCCAACAAAUUGCAAAAGUUUUCAAAAUUUUUUGUCGUCGCUGUUUUGUUACGCGUUGCGAUGGUAUGGGCCGAGAUGGCCAGCAGGUUGGGUCUGUGGCCGGUGUGGGGGAGUUCUGGCCGCGAGGCCUGGUGAGGCCGCAGGCCCGACGCAGCAUAAAACUUGGGGCUGACAGCCCAUCGCCCCAUGGCGUGCGAGACGUUUUAGUGAUAAUUUUGGGCGCGAAAGCGUGUGUGCCUUUUUUCCAAAAUUAAACCAAAAAUAAAUCGCAGGCGGGCCCGUUUUUCGGCGCCCAAAUUUCCGGCGGACCGCAGACGGGCCGCAGACGGACUGCAGACGGGCCACACUUGACCAACAAAAUAAAUUUUCAAAAUUCCCAAAGUCAGGCGAUUCCUUAGGGUUUUUGCAGUCCCGAGUCAAUUCGGGAUAUUUCGUUUGCACAAAAGGGAUUUGUUUUUGCAACAAGCGGAAUUUGGGAAAAAUUUGUUUUUGCACAAAAAAAAUUUGGGAAGACGAUAUGGUUGGGGGGUAAGAUUGGGGGUUGAGAUUUUUUCUUGGCCGGAAGGCAGGGCGCCGUGUUGCGUGAACGCAAUCCAUGUCACGACUGCAGAAUUAGUGCUCUGGGCCCGGAUAGUUGGGCAGCUGCCCGCGCAAGUCGGGCCUACAUUGCGAACGCUUCAACUUGGCAGGCCUCGACAUUCCAGUUGCCCCGGUCAUGGCCGCAGAAAGAGCCAGGUCCUUUUUGGGGGUUUUCGCGACGACAAAAAAAAAACGAAAUUUGUUGGAUUCAGAUUCCUUAGGGCUCCUUUCUGCCCAAUCAUGCGAAUUAAGCAAUGCGGAAGCUUCUCGAAAUCUGUGAUGCUAGGGCUUCCAUGACAGACAUUUUGUGUCAUGCAAAAACAGCGUGACAAAAAUCUGCAUUCUUCCCGACCCAGACAUUUUUGCAUUUGAUAGGGGGAGAUAAAAUGCAACAACGACGUUUCCUGGGUCCGGGCGUUCGAGGUUUACCGCAUGCCAAAUCUCGGGAGGUACCUCACCGCACUGUACUUCGUCACAAAAACGGUUUUAGCGGUGGGAUACGGAGAUUUAUUUCCGACAAACACCUCCGAACGGAUGUUCUGCGUGUUUCUGGAACUGGCCGGUGCGGUGGUCUACGGUUACAUUUUGUCCGGCAUCACAAGGUCUGUCGACGGUCGAGGGCAGGAGAUGUUGAAAUUGAAAAUAGUAAACGAAUGGGGCCAAUUAUGCAAGAAAAAAACUGUGUAAGUGUAAGUCUGUGAUGCAAAAAAUGCAAAACAGUUACACUUGUCAUGCCAGACACAUGAAGUCGUCUUUUUAUGUGUGUUUUCACGUACUAGCAUUGCAUGACAGGCUUUCUCUCUCGUGCAGAGCAAAUUUGUAAUGUUGGCUCUCCAAGAGACCUACACUAACACAGUUUUUUCCCUGGAUACCAAUAUCGGGAGUUUGACAACAUGCUGCGAAAAAGGAUAAAACAGCACUACCAAUACACACUGUCCAGCACGCAUGGGUAUCAGGACUACAUGCUCGUGGAGGGGUUACCAAGACAUCUUAUGGGAAUGUCAGGAUCGAUAUCGACAAAAUCGAAAAAUUUCUAAUGCAUAAAAUGUAGGGCACGCAUUACCUGUGUUGGGGAGCAGGCAAAUAAGACCGAUUACAAGCCUGUUUAGGGGAAGACGAUAUGCUGCUAGAGUAGCAUGACAGGAGCAGUCCUUUUGCUCAAACAGCAUGACAGACUGAAUUUUGUUGCUCCCGAAAUUUGUCAUGCGCCACUUAACAACUGAGGCUCCAACUGGUAUAGAUUUUAUGCAUCACAAAUUCUUUCGAUUUUGUUGAUUUCGAUCCUGACAUUUCCAUACAUCUCAGGAGCGAAAUAAUAGACCGGGUCUGGCCACACUACGUGCAGGCGCUGACACUGUAUUUUGAUGAAUAUUGGUUUCUUGUUGACGAGGUAGUUUUUCUUGUUUCCACGCGUUCAUGAUACUACACCGUGUCAUUCUGUUCUGUUCGUGCCCAGGGUUCUUGUAGGGUUGUACUAUGGCUUUCUUCUGUUUCUGUGCGAAGGAUAAAUGUAAAUCGGUGGAAUCAAUCUACUAACCCACAACAACAGGUCCCUCUUCCCCAUACCAAAAUCCCCGGACGAAGAGCUCAUAGGCUACGACCUAGUCCGGGACCUCAUGGGCUCUUUACGUCCCCAGCAGAUCAUAUCGGGGGAUAUUUUGUGCAAGCAGGACGACUUGCUGGAGGAUAUUUACUUCAUCGUGUCCGGGACUAUGGAGGGAUUGAUGGAUAAAGACGGUUUCGCGAAAGAAGCAGUAAGGGAAUCAAUGGAAUACACCAGAAAUUGGCGAAAAAACGUCUGUAUGAACUGCAAAAGCAUCGUAGUAGUAUGAAUUGCAAUACAAAUUGCCUCAGCAUUUCAUUUAGAAAUGAAAUUUGUAAUGCGGUUUUACCUUGAUAGAAAGAUUUGUAAUGCUGCAAGCCUUGCCCUUGCAUUUAUACAAGUACGAUACUUUUGCAUAGGAUAGUCUCCAACCUAGCGGAGUCUGCUCCGUUUAGCAGUAGUCAAGUGUCCUUCGAAGAGCUGGCGACGAGAUCAGAGGUUUAUUGUUUACGCUUCUUCAUCGAUAUGGUAGUUUCAGUUAUUCCUCCUGCUACUUUGUCCUGCACUUUUUACUAGCUUGGCAUCAAACAGGAGUACAACUGAUGCCAUGUCGUGGUCCCAUAGUAUGGCAUUUAGUUUUGUUGUCACCUAUGUUUGGUGGAAAACAAAAUCCAGGUCCACACUCUGGUUCUCGAUUCUCUCCUCGUCGCGGUCUACGAGAAGUGCGAGUAUUUCCAGACGAGAUUCGACCCAAGAGCCAGCAACGACGCAGACAGGAUUUCCUACUUCACCUACCUGGCGCAGUCCACAUGCGAGCUCAUCGCAAUACCAACGGACGUGGUUUCAGGGACGUAUUUUUCUUUCAUGAUAAGUUCAUGAUGUUCUUUUGUCAUGCGGAGUCAGCUUGUCAUGCAAUUACAAAUCUGCAAUGCAGAAACCUCUUCAACACGACACCACCACAGCUACCGCGAGUACCACCCAGAGCACAUGAAAGCCUCCGCCAGAAGGUGCACCGAACUGGUGCAAAAUUAUCAAGAUGAAACUUUCCCAACACGACGUACAAAUAAUGCGGUGUCUGCAUCACAAAACUUGCCUUCGGUGUCCUGGUCAGCAUGACAAGUUUUACACUCUGAAAAAUUAUACGCGAAAUUUCUCAUGCAUUUUGUACGUGUGCGAGGAGAAAUUUGCAUUGCAUAAAAACCUCGAGAGGUGUAUCGGUUCCGGCGAGUACCCGCACGAAGAGCCGGUAUGAACUGCAAAAGUAUCGUACUCGUAGUAAUUGCAGUCACGCAAGACAAAUUUCAUUUUCAAGCGAAAUCAGCAUGACAAAUUUCGUUUAUCACGCUGAGCUAAUUUGUGUUGCAAAAAUACUACGAGUACGAUACUUUUGCAGUUCAUAACCGGAUCUGCAGAACGAAAUGGUGAAGAGAAGGGCAAUAUGCAUUGCAAAAAAUAUGUCUGGUCGUUCUGGAAACUUGUGAUGCUUCGUGGCGAUGAUUGAGCAUACUCCUGAGUGCAGCUAAGCAUGACCAAUUUUCUGAUGAACACUUCCUAAUGCGUAGCGCGCAUUAGAAACUGCGCUUUUGCAUGACAAGAAAAGGCUUCUUUUUGUUGGUCCUGCAAUACAGAUUUCACAGCAAUCCGAGGCACGCAAUACAGAAUCCACUCUUCCAGACCCAGACCUAUUUCCAAUUGAUACGCGACGAACAAAAUCUUCUACCACGGCUCCGAUUGGCCAAUAUCCGAUCUAGUCCGGAUGGGCAAGUGCGAGAAUUUUUUGCUGAAAUCCAUGGAGGAAAUGGUGUUGCAAACAAUAGACGACUAUCAAAUGCGAAAAUGUCUGGGUCUGGAAACUUGUAAUGCUGUGUUGGGAAAAAUAGUGAAAGCUCUGUAAUGCACAGCCAAGCAUGAGAAAUGUCUGCGCUUAUUUGUGUUGCGUUUUUCGCAUGAGAAACUGCGUUUUUGCAUGACAGGCAAAAGGGUCUCUUCUUGGACACGCAUCAGAAACUUUUUUUUCAUGCCAGACAAGCAUGACAAGUCUCGCAAUCUUCCAGACCCAGACGUUUUUGCAUUUGGUAACGACCAUCGGCAGUGGUACCAAAAGCACCAGGAGGAGCAGGAGAGGAAAGAGCAGGCCAUAGCAAACGGGGAGAUCCUAUCCUGAGUAAAAACGUCCCCAACCCAGAUUUGUCAUGAAAAUCUGCAUGCUAAAAAUGUUGCUCAUGCGGACCGCCAUGGGAAGCAUUUUGUAGUCGUGUUUCGAAAUUUGUGAUGCUCGAGACAGCACAAUGGUCUACGUCUGUGAUGCUGCUGAACGAGCUAAACAGGAUUAAUACACUACGAGGCCAAAACUGUCAUGCGCAACAAGCAAAGCUGGUUGAUUUGGCUAGCACAUGAUUCCCCAUCUUGACUAUGGGGUGGGGGGUUUUGCACAGGAUAAAUCCAAGAGGAAUCAGACGAAUUCGACGAAGUAGAAGAUUAUCCACAUACAAUUUUGCCGUACACAACGUCAACGUUGUACAAAAUUUAUUUUUUGCAAAAAAAAAAUUGCAACAUCUACUGAAAGGCCGACGCUUGUGCUGCUGAAACAAAACGGGUUGUAGACUCUUUUUAUAUCGUGCUGAAAUGGUAAAAACAAGAAUGCAAAGUAAACUUUGUGUAACCGAUGUACGGUAAAUUUCCUCUGGAUAAGGUUGACGGGAUGUCCCCCGAGCCCAGUCCUACGAACCCAGCUAUCACAGGAAAUAAAAGUGUCAACGUUAACGAAAUUUGGCGUGCAGGAUUGCACGACAAAUGCUUCCCCAAUUUGUAUUGCAUAGAACGCAUGAUAGAAAAAAAUUGUCAUGCGUGAUUGCAAUGCCGUAAAUCCGUUAUCCGUUAGCACUUUUCCCUGUGAUGCGAGCGCGUCCGGCGGCAGCGAACUCUGCGGAUUUGAUUCUUAUGCAUUUUUUACACUCUAGGUAGUUGGUUCCUCCGACUAAAAGUGUCAACGUGCUUUGCUGGUUUUUAGUCUACUUUGCAGGCCGUCUACUACAUCUACAUAUUUCUCUUGCAUCACGAGAAAGGUAUCAUGAAGAUGUUAUUGCGCAUUUUGCGUGUUAUGAGAUAGAUUUACACUUCCUUUCGCCUGCUCUAUGUGUAGUUCUAGUUGUGGUUGUAAAAAAUGCUUCGAUAAAAAGAUGAAAAGUAUGUAAAAAUUCUAAAAAUCAAUAUCCACAGAAGUACAAGCUUUCCACUUUUCCCUUUCAUACGCCAAUCCAAUGUAAUGCGGAACGUUAACGCCAAGCAGAGAGCAAUGACGAACCAGAUCAUGAAGCAACAGAGGAUGAAGAUAAAACGAAAACCGACUCUGAAAGCGCUAGACGCAGCGGAAUCGCAGAAACAAGAAGAAAGGAGAAGAAAUGCGGAACUAUUGAAGCGGUGGAUCAUACCACCAAAACACCCCUACAAAAUCGCAUGGGAUUCCUUCAUGGGGAUAGUCAUCGUUUUUUCGGUAUAGGAUUUUCUUUUGAAUCUUAUCUGCGUCACGAUGGUAUGCCCUACAUGUUGAUCCCCUUGCAUUUGUCGUGUCGUGAAUGUGAAGAUACAACAGAAGUCUCAGUAGGCUGCAUGACAAAUGCAGCGUCGAAUGACAGACACAACGAUGUCGAAUCCACUUCACACAGGUCAUCAUAGUCCCCUACCGAAUCGGUUUUGAAGUCACGCCAGACCCGGGUUCCGCGGGCGACGUUUUAGAUUGGUUCGUCGACAUCUUUUUCGCAAUCGACAUCUGUGCGUCGUUCCGGACCGCGUACGUGGAUAAUCAAGGUCAGAUGAUCUCGGAUCUGGCGAAGAUACGGAAGAACUACAUGGCGGGUUUUUUCUGGAUCGACUUGGUGUCUACAAUACCGUUCGACAGGAUAUUCUCUGUUGGAAGAGGCGCGACGCUGAUACGCGUGGUGCGGUUAAUCAGGUUGGCGAAGUUGUUGCGGCUCGUGAAACUCACGAAAUUACUCGACGACUUGCAGGAAAUCGGCAUUUCCCAGCGGGCGUUGAACUCUGUGAUGCUCCUUUCCCAGUUGACGUUUUUGGCCCAUUUACUCGCCUGCGGAUUCUUCUUUCUGUACUUGAGCCAGGAUUUGAAGGGCCAGAACGCGUGUCGCGGGGGUGCGCAGUUCUGCACAAAUAGAGGGGAAACGGACGGCAGUCAAGGGCUGAGAGGAUGGUAUUAUAGGAUUUUGUUUUGUUAUUUGUCAUGUAGUCGAUGAGGUAGUAGAAGCAGAAGGAGUGUCUGCAAUUAUGCGUUGCAUGAAUUACAACUCUCUUCGUCUACUUCAUUCUAUGUGAAUACCGAUCCCAGGUUCGGUGCCCUCGACUCAUUGAUACCCGGAGCCCAAAAUGAAGACUACAUAACAGCACUGUAUUGGAGUUUCACUACCAUGACUAUCCACAGAAAAAAACCCAUCCACAUCGAUUUUUUGCAAGACAAACACAUGAUUUGAUACGUGUUUUGCAUGACAAGUUGGAUGUGGAUGGUUUUUUUUCUGUGGAUAAUGACAACCGUCGGGUAUGGGGACAUAGCGCCCAAAUCAACCGCAGAGAGGAUUUACGGCAUAUUAGUCAUGUUUAUCGGCGGAACGGCAUUUGGUACUUUACAACUAGAACACAUAGUAUGUAGUGAGGUCACGAACGUUCUAAUCUAGCGAUCUUUUUGACACCUCACCUGCAAAACGACCGGCAGUUUUCAAGCGGGCGGAGGUGUUUUUGGACGUAAAAGAUUUCCAUUUAUCAAGCCGGCGGAGCUUUGAAGUCAAACAAGCCCGGUCGAAAACUAUCGAUUCGCACUGGAUAAAACGACGCAGGGGAGCCGGCAAAAGGGGCGCCCUUCUGAGACGGUCACCGCCUUAGUUCCUGGCGGUUUCGGGCGCCCAAAAAGCAGCAGUCCGAAAAAAACAGCAAAUCCGCAUGGUAUGGGCCUCAUUUUGGCCCACAUUCGGGCCCCGCAAAAGACGCCUUCAAAAUCCGCCAUUUCAGAGGCGGACUGAAGGCCAGAAGAUGCUGCAUUUUGACAAAAAAAAACAAAAAUAACAAAGCCCGCCAAAAGCAAAAAGCCAAUCCGCAUGCUAUGGGCCCGAUUUGGGGCUCCGGAGAGGCCGACCCUGGCGCGGGCCCUGGCGGGGCCAUAGCAUGCGGGGAAGGUUUUUCGAUUCGAAACCAAAUGGAGGCCGCCUCUGGAUUGAGAUUUUUAGCGACCGCCGUGCCGCCGUGCAUAACAUUACCCACGAUGGCAUGGUGGGCACAGAAGUUGCGUCCGUUUUUGGUGUGAAGACAAAAAGACCGCCAUGACCUCACUACCUCCGCGGACGCGGCUAUUAUUGGUGCCGUUCUUUGCAGUAUGAUGCAAAGUAACCUUCCAUGACACCAUGCUGCUUAACCUAACGCCCGAUGGUAUCAUGUGGAACAAGGAACACUGUUCAUGAUUCCAUGCGGAGUGAUGUUAUGCACGGUGGAAAAAUAAGAUACUGCGAAGGUCGAGAAAAGCGAAUCAAAAUGCUCGUCUGCAAAUUUUUCAAGUCUCAGGUUACAUCAUCGGCUCCAUUGCCAUAUCAGGAGAGUAAAAGUAGAGGGCCGACCAAAGCAAGAGGGUCGGAGAGAGGUAAAGUGAGAGGGUACGGAGAGGGUCGGGAGAGGGUGCGCCGUAUAGGAACCCGUAUAGCGGCGCUAUACGCGCGCAGAGGGUGGGUAGAGGUUGAGUAGAGGCCAAGUAGAGGGUGGGGGGAGAGGGUGCAGAGGGUCGGAGAGGUUCCACAAUAUAGGGCGACCCUCUAAGUGACCCUCUGCAUCGACCCUCUCCGGGAACCUCUAUUUUAGCUCUCUGCGGACCCUCUCGGGACCUCUUGGACCCUCUCCCGGACGCUCUCCGGGACCCUCUCCGAACCUCUCCCAGACCCUCUCCGAACCUCUCCCGGACCCUCUCCGGGACCCUCUCCCGGACCCUCUACCAGAACCGCCCGCACAGUGAAGCUCGCCCGCCUGCGCGCAGUGCCUGUGUCUUAGAGUAAGAAUAAACAAAGCUGAUAGGGCCUAAAAGUUAAGGUCUCCUCUGCAAGUUUUUCUUUUUUGACUCCAGGGCAGACCAGGGCGGCUGUUCAAAGUGCAUGCGCCGCUCUGCGUCCCCCGGGGGGGGCGCGGCGCCACGCCUUAACGUAGGCGGCCACCUAGGGUGGCCGCAACUUCACACAGUGCCCGCGCGCGGGCAACAGGUGUUGUGUCUUUGUAGCGUCGUGAAAGUGGUUGCGACCAAAGUAGCGAAAGUUUUUCUCUGCCCGUUGUCUCUCGGCGCAAGCAUAGCGCAUUAGGCUUCGCAAGCACAUGCAGGCCCCGCCGCGUGCUCGCUGCCUAACAGGAUUCCAGCUCGCCACCUUUUAGAAGCGGCGUUCCUCCUGUUCAGGGUGCACACCUGCAACAAACCCCCCCUCCAAGAAAGGCCAACAACCUCCGGCCCCGGGCGCUGCUUUUUUCGGAAACAAAGAACGCAGGCCGCGGCGGUAUCGCUGCGUGUGUGCGCUGCGCUUUCUGGGCCAACCCCGUCAGACCAAAAAAAAAAAAUCAAAAUGCUCGUCUGCAAAUUGUUCAACUCUCAGGUUACAUCAUCGGCUCUAUUGCCGCCUCCGGAACAGACAGCAAGGAGAUUUCAAUGAAACCAGUCUACGAUUUCUGCGACAGGCAAGGCCUCUCGGCCGUGAUCCGGACGAAACUCAGGAAGCACAUGACCUUCUACAUGAGCCAGAAGAGCAACUACGAUGAACAAAGUAUAGUAUGUAAGAAGGAGUCUUUUUGUUCUUAUGCGUAGAACUAGAAUGCGAUGCCGAUGCUGAUGUGUGCAUGGUCCAGAACACAAGCAUUCUUGGAAAAAUUUCAUGAACAAACCACAUCUGCAGCCUACCUCCUCGAGCUCCCCGUGCACCUAAGAAUCGAAGUGCUCCUUCACGUGCAUCGAGAAACGCUCUCCACCCUCCGGCUGUUCCGGCCAAGGCUAUUAUACCGGGAUUGGUUUAUCGCCCAUGUAGUCUCCUUGAUGAAGCCCAUGGUGUGUGUCGCGGGGGAUUUGGUUUACUCAAAAGGGCAGAAGGACCCGUACCACAUCUACAAUAUUUUCACGGGCGCGUGCGAGGCAGUUAAUACCGAUACGGACGAGCUGGUACUACUACAGGGCUUUUGUUUACUACUUGUUUGAUCAUGAUCUCGCAUGACGGAUUUAUGUGCUACCGGUCUGUAGCUGACGAAACUGCAUGACAAAUUUUCCGUCAACAUGUUGUAUCAAAACAGGUCGCCGUCUACACGAAGGGUAUGAUCUUCGGUUUGGAGGGCGCUAUUCAGCCAGACGGACACCCAGUUAGCAAAGAAGAGGACAACGGGUACCCAUGGUCAGUAACCGCGCAGCCGCUGAUCGUGCCUGGCACAGACAGGGAAUCAGUCGAGUUAUUCGUUCUGAAACAGGACGUGAUACAGGGACUCGAUGACAACGGGAGCGUCUACUUCCACCCGCUCAAGUAUUGAAAUGAAGAACUAUUGUGAUGCAAUCACUUUUGCUUUGUAGAGCGCAACAUGCACGAAGAUCGAUGUCGUGUCACUACAACUUUUUCGAACUACUCUCGGCCGCUGCAUCAAUAUGCUCGCUGCACGCAUUGAAGGCUUGUUGUGUUCAAACUAUUAUGAAAACACUAUCAGGAAACUGGUCGCAACCGCGUGGAUUUCCCAAAAGAGGAAACCCUAUGUCGAAGAGUUGGAGAAGCGAAAACGAAAAGUCUGCGAGCAUCUAAAAGCGGAAGCAACGAAGAAGAAGAAGGUGAAGCUACCAAGGAGUUACACAAAGUUCACGACGAUCGAGGGUAUCCAGUGCAAAUUAUAUUUCUGGGCCUGGAAGAUUGCAUCUUGUGAUGCUACUCUUGGAUAAUUCCGAGAAAAAUCUGCAUUGCAAGAUCAGCAAGAGGGAUCGAGUUUGUGCUAAUGCUGAGAGGGCAUUUCUGAUGGUGCGGGAUAGGCAACAUCAGGAAGCCCUUGCAAAAUCUGUGAUACUAAGGCAUACAUCACAGACAUCACGUGUCAUGCAAAAUGCGCAUCGCAAGUUUUGAACUUUUCCAAACGCAGACAUAUUUGCACUUGAUAGCGGGCGUGGAGAUCGAAUUCGAAGAUGUCGAGGACAACAGGAGUAAAAAUUCGCUGAUGAAAUCUAUGACCUGCUCAAACGUAGUUACAAUCUCAAACGUUGCAAUAGAGUCUGGAUUUUGUCUUGCAUGAAGAGCAUGAGGAACGCAUGUAGCUUUGCGCCUUUCGCAAUACAAAUUUCGCCGGAUAUCGAUCGGGUUUUUGGUUCCGAAACUUGUCAUGCGAAAACCUAUGGUACGUACUACGGCAGAUCAUGCACUGCCAGCAUCACAGAUCUCCAUAUUCCAUUGUAACGUUUGAGAUAGUAACUACACCUGAGCAAGUUAUAAAAUCGCUAGUGCAAGUCGGCGAUUCCGGCUCAGCCGGCGACGACUACUCACCGGCGUUGUCGGGAACGGGAGGGGGGCAUUUAGCUUCGAGUGGCAGCAUAUGCAUCACAAAAGUAUCUUACUAGUAGUGACUGCAUUACAAAUUUGUUCAGCACAUAGAAAUGCAAUUUGUGAUGCUGAUUCGGCAUAAAAAAGGACAGUUUUCAUGCAUGUUGACGCAUUUGCAAUUGGAAUUACUACGGGCGCGAUACUUUUGCAAUGGAUGCAGCAACGUCGCCGGGGGAUCAUCUCCGGAGGAUCCCGCAAGAGACGCGGGACAGGGCGGAUCCAGUUCCAGCACUACGUUCUUCGCGAACACGCAGGAAAACGCGGGGGAUAGUGGCGGAACGAUGUGGACAACAGCGGGGAACGAGGAUCCAGCGGGCAAUAGCGCUGGCCCAACGGAAGUCGUCGUGGUUGGGCAGCAGGCAGAAAACAACGCCGGGCAGAACGAAGGGGAACACGCGGCGCAGCUGGCGUCAAGUAGCGGGGAGGAGUUAGACCCAGAACCGGUGUUGCUCGGACAAGUGAACCACGGCAGAACGGACCCGGACCCGGGCGGCACAUCUACUGCGGGGAAUGUCGGGUCGCAUGAUCGCUCGAGACAAACGGUUCAGUUUGCGAGUACGGUCGAAGUGCAGCAGAACAAUGGCGACUGCUAUCCCACGAAAAUAACAGUGUUACAGUUAAAUAUUUGUUGUCAAUUCAGCAACACAAAUUUCUCUGCAUGAGAGAGAAAACUUGCAAUGCAGAAAUCCUAAGGGAAAACACCCAUGAAACGAAGCUCCUAUGCAUAUCCGGCAUGACAGAGCUGGUCUGUCUUGCUUGGCCUGCAACACAAUGCGUAACUGUAUACAAUUUUUUCUUGCGAUAGCUGCGGAAUGAACCCUAGUGGAUCUUCAUCGAGCUCGCGGGGGCCGGGGGGAAGCGGUGGGGGAGGGGCGACGGAGUAAAAUAAACAAGCAAACGGCACAACUACUAGAUGGAGACGAGGAGCCGGAAAAGAUCUCAUCGUGUAGAGAUGAUGGAUCAAAAAAGAAAAACCCAAAAAAAUCUUUUUGUAAUUACCCUAUACAAGAAACGUAGUCACACAACUACUACACAUCAAGUCACUUUAUUUAUUUGAUUUCGGACAACUGUUUAUUGCGUAUCAUCAAAUUAUACAAAUGCAAACUUGAAUCAUCUUUGAGUAUUACAAUUUAAUUUCACCAGAGCUGCAGCGGAAGUUGUUGCAAAUAAUGGGUGCUAGUACUACAACGCGCAAGUUGCAGUGCAGCUUGAGGUCCACUCACAAAAGAGAUUCAAAAUCUCAACGGAAGAACCAAGUCCGUGCUAUUAAGUAACUCCUCAUGUCAGAUUCAAAAUCUGCAGGAGCUGGUCUUUCGAACUGGCGGCCAUGGUCGGUCGCGCUUGCAACUGUGUUGUGCGCCAUUAGUCACCAGCAAGAAGGAGCUGAGUGGUCCAUUAAGCAGGAGGAGAAAUAAAUGUGUAUAACAGUUUUAUUUUUAGUGCGCGUCGUGGCCAAGUAUACUCAAACUCAAUAGCUUUUACACUAGUUUUCAGCAAGAAGUUGUCUUAUGUUCAUGUAGUUGAUUGCAUUUGCUUUUGCUCCAACAAAAUCAAAAAAAGAAAGAGAAGCAACUGCAAGCCGAGCAAAUGCAAUUGCAAGUGGAGAUGAUAAAUAACAUUUGCGAUGCGAUCUUUGUUGGUGGUGCAACAACAAAUACAGACGGCAUGAUGUACAGAAGUUUUUUUCAUUUUGCUGCUAUGCUGAGGCGGUAAAGAUAGCAUGAAAAUGAUAAAGCGAUCUUUUACGCAGCGGACCGAAUUAUUUAUAUCGACGCACCUACUAUACCCGUUAUCGUUAAGCUUAAGAAGGCAGAAGAUUUCAUCUCUGUUUACUUCCACGUUGAAUUAUUCAGCAAAUUUAAGGCUCCAUCCGCAUCCCUACCAAAUUUGUACUCUGUUGCUUCUAGGUAGUCCCCUUGUAGCAAGCAAGCUUCGCGCCCCCGCCUAUGAGUAUAAACCAGAAAUAAUCCACCACUCUGACUAGAUUCUUGGAUGCUCAGGGCAAUCAGUCAAUUGUGUCCAUCAAAAAGGUAAGAAGACUCGAACUCAUUUGCCGCAUAUAGAUCCAUAUAUUAUGACUCGCAAGAAAAAGAAUUAUACGUCACAAACUUAUUGUGCCGCCGUGCUGCUGGUCUUCAUGCUCUUCAAUGUCUGCUGAGAAAAUCCUUGACAGAAGCACUGGACUCAGCACAAAGAAAGGAGGACUAUAGACAAAGUCAGCACAAAAAUGUCACACUUUAGAAGUUCUAAUCAAAAGCAUUUACAUCUAGUAGGGCUACUUUAAUUAUUCACUUCGACGCUUAAGAACGUGCAGAAGAUGCACUGCUAUAGUUUGAGGAUUACACAUCAAUCGCAGAUUUUUCGCAUUGAGAGAACAUGUAACACCUAUCCUUCAUUCAGCCGAAAUGGCAGCAACAAAAUUGAUGAUUUUAGAAAUUUUGAUUGACAAAGAACAACAGGAUAAAUUUUUACUUCUCUGAGCUCGGAACAAAGAAGAUUAGAUUCUAUAUCGGUGUAAAAACAUCAUAAAGUAGCAACCAAGAAGGGGGGCACGAUGUCGACGGUUAUUCUCUCCUGGAGGUGCAGUAGAAGAGGAUAUGCUUUUUAAAACAGUUUUUUCCUAAAACUCAGGAGAAGAAGCAUGAAGCAGAUGUUGAAGUAGGUUGCUGUCUAGUAGAA